AUGCCGCGCGCAGAGGCUGGAAGUACGAAAGCGAUCAGUAACAAGAUCAAGCAGAAGGGUUUGGGCAGAUUGCGAUGGUACUGCCAAGCAUGUGAGAGACAGAUGAGAGACGAGAACGGCUUCAAAUGCCACGUUCAGUCCGAAAGCCACGUCCGUCAGGUGCUGCUCAUCGGCGAGGAUCCGAAGAAAUACAUCGAAGACUACAGCAAGCAGUUCAUCGAUAAUUUCCUCAGUCUUCUGAGAACGACGCACGGAGAGAAGGAGGUCAACGCGAAUCAGUUCUACCAACAGAUUAUUGCAGAUAAAACGCAUAUUCACAUGAACGCUACGAAAUGGAAGAGCUUGUCGCAGUUCAUCGCGCACCUCGGUCGCGAGGGUCUUUGUCGAGUACAGGAAUCUGAAAAGGGGCUGUUUGUCGCGUACAUUGAUCGAAGUCCGGAUACAAUGCGCCGCCGCGAGGCGCUGGCGAAGAAGGAGCGGCAGGAUAAGGGCGACGAGGAGCGGGAGCAGCAGCAGAUCCAGGAGCAGAUCGAGCGCGCGCGUCAAGUCGCCGCAAAGGAGGAUGAGAUUGAUCCGGAGGUUAGAAACCUGCAGCGGAAGGAGGGCGAGAAAGUGAAGCUGAAUAUCGGGUUUGGAGCGAAAACAAAUGGGGACGCGAAGGCCGAGUCACCGGCAACGGCCACUCCGGCCGAAGAAAAGGACCCCAGUGCCUCGUCGGCUUCUCCGGAGACCUCCGCGGCUGCUCCGACGGCGGCGGCGCCGAAGGUGUCGUUGUCUUUCGGAGGUGGCAGCAACAAGCCGAAGAAUGUGUUUGCGACGGCGGUGAAGAAGAACCCUCUCGCAGGGAAGAAGGGUCCCGUGAAGGAGGCGCCCAGAAAGAUGACGGAGCAGGAGCGUAUCAUGAAGCAGGAGAUGGAAGCAAUGGAGCGCAAGCGUAUGCGCGGGGCAUCCGGUUUCCCGGAUGCUAAGCGCCCGAAGAUCUCUUGA